AUGUUGGCCUACUGUACAUCCAAAGCAGGCUUAGAUAUGAUGACCAGAUGUUUGGCCAUUGAUUGGGGACCAAAAGGAAUCCGUGUGAACAGUGUUUGUCCGGGACAAAUUCAAACCCCAAUAUUUGAGCGCUAUUUGGGUCUAAAUGAAGUGCAAUUGGAUGCCAUGUGGAAAGCUGUGAGCGAUAAAUACCCGUUGAGGUAA